CGCUGUGCCUCAGCGACUUCACGGUUUUACACUGCUACAAAACUGAUCUUUACAUCCAGGAAACAAAUAAACGAAAAAAACAAAAUGCCACCAAAAAAAGUAAACAACAUAUCAGAGGAAGAGAUGGAAGAGAUUAGAAAGUCCCUGAACUACAUGUCAGAAGAACUUAGUAAAGUGGUGAAACAACAAGCCAUGCUACUUGACUUAAUGGGAGAAGUCAAACAACUUAAGAGCCUCGUCAAAGAAAAAGAUAAAACAAUUGAGCUUCUAGAACGAAGAAUUGAUGACCUUGAACAAUAUACAAGAAUGGAGGAUCUUAUUAUAAGCGGUCUGGAGACCACACACAAAACUUAUGCCAGUACUACAGCUGGACGCAGGAAUGGCGAGGAUGCCCCUACAGAGGAACUACAAACAUUGGAAAAACAAGUAAUACAGUUCUUUGAAAGUAAGAACAUGUAUAUUGAUAGUAAAAACAUCACAGCUUGCCAUACCCUCCCCAGAAAGGACAGGGAAACAAAGCCUGCUAUAAUAGUGCGAUUUGUGAAUAGGAAGCACAAGAUCGAGCUAUUGAGGCAGGCAAAGAAGCUGAAGGGGACAAGGGUGUACCUGAAUGAGCACCUUACUAAAAAGAAUGCAGACAUUGCCAGACAACCAAGAUUUCUGAAAAAACAACAGAAAAUCCAAUCAACAUGGACAAGAAACUGUAAGGUAAUGAUACGGCUAAAUGGAACACCUGAAGAAUCCAAGGUUCUUCUCAAGCAGCUCUAAAUCCACAGCCGCUGGUUCUCUCAGUUGAACUUGGAAAAGCUGCUCAUCUCCACUGUUCACUUGGAGACCAGUCCAGUGCAGAGGUUAGGAUGUGGUACAAGCAGAGACUGGAGCAUUCUCCACUGGAAGUGGCUUCAAAGUUAAAAGGCAGAGAUUCAGAAAUAUCAUCCCAUCCAAGAUUUAAAGUGCAGAAAAAUACGACAGGCUUUUCUCUCACUAUUGAAAAUGUUGUUAAAGAAGAUGAGGGGAUGUACUUCUGUGGAACCGGUGAAGGAAAAACACUGAAAUUUUCAAACAGCACAUUCUUAACUGUGACAGAACAUUCCAACAUCUCAGUUCUUCAAAGUCCAGCACUGCAGUCGGUUCCUCCAGGAGAAGCAGUGAAUCUUCAGUGUACG